CCCUAAUUCUACCCAACAAAAACCCUAAUUUCGGGAAGAACAGUAAUCGAGCAUCCAUGGCGAACUCCACGAUCUCUCUCGAGAAGGUGAAGUCCUUCUGGCAUUCUAUGGUUCACGACGAGGAGAAGUGGGCCGUUAACGUGAAACUGCUGCGUGCCACUGCACUAUUUGCGGGAUCAGUUUUUCUGAUGCGCAACUAUGGGGAUUUGAUGGCAAUAUGAAGAUGGAUCUUUGUGGUUUUCAUCCUUUCUACAGAUAUUGUGGAUGGAAUUUAUGAUUUUAGUAGCAAUUAUGAGUAAUUCACUUCCAUUGAGACCAUUGUGAUGUGAAUGAAGCAGUAAUCUUUUAAAAAUUGAGUCUUUGUUUUAUUCUUGUAGAUGUUGGGCAUUCAUUAUUGUUUUGUGAUGUUUAGAUUAAAUGCCCUUAUAAUUGGGGAUCAGACAUUAGGAUCUCGAUAUAAAGUGUUACGAAUUUG